AUGUCCCCACUCUUAAUACAGCCUUUAGUGUUCAGAAGAAAAAUAAUACAACAUUUUCAUUUGCAGAAAACUUACCCAGUCUUGCCCAGCGCAGGAAAUGCUCAGCUUCGUGUUUACAAUGGCGAAUUGUGCGACUAUUCCAUUACCACCAAUUUGACGAAUUUCAACUUUGAUGUGGCCUCACUCAAUAUGUACAAGAACAGCACAGACAUCGGCUCCGAAGGUUUCCUAUACGUAAGAUUCGAUGUUACCAGCAAAAGUGCGAGUUGUGAUUCAUUCCCCAGCCAAACUUUUAUUUUCAACUCCUCAACCAGUCAUUAUUUGUUUUUGAACUCAAAAAACACUGCACAACCUUUAGUCUGGGGAGUGGACACAAUCAGUAAACCCAGUCGGGGCUAUCCGCUAGGACGUACAUUGGCAAAUAUAGAGCCGACUCGCCAAAUUGAUUGGAAAAAUAAAAAAGGUACGAUUCAGCACACCGAGCCAGCCAACUUGGGCAACAUAACGGAACUAAAGUCGGGCACUUAUCAAAUAUUAGUUGAUAAUGUUGAGAUUGUCAGCGUAUAUCUCAAAGUUGGUGGCAUUUACACGAUUUUAAUAAACGAAGAUUCAUCAGGCCAAUACCGCAAUAAUGUCAUAGUUGUAACGGAGCCCAAUUCGAUAUCCAUUUUCUGGUUGAUUCCGCAAUACGUUAUUAUGACCCUCGGUGAGGUGAUGCUCACCGUGACUGGUCUGCACUUUUCAUACGCGCAGGCGCCACAGACAAUGAAAUCAGUACUGACAGCUUGUUGGCUACUUACGAUGGCUUUCGGAAAUUUAAUCGUCGUAAUUAUCGCCGAACUAUCGCUCUUCGAUUCACAGGCGGAUGAGUUCUUCCUCUUUGCCGGCCUAAUGUUUGUUGAUAUGAUUGUUUUCAUGUUCGUGGCUUAUCGGUACAAACCGAGCUCGGUAGCGCCGAAUAACGAAAGCGAGCUGUGCACGCCACCAGAAAAAAACGAAAAGGAUGGCAUUGAUAAUGUGGCCAAGGCGAUUGAUGAUUAG